AUGCCUGGACCAAGUGAUACAACAAUAGCUCACAACGGGAGUCUUUUUGCAACAUCUUUGGCAACUGGUAUAAGGGAAUUCCGGACGGGUGUGGAUCGGUGGUCUCAUUGGCAAGAGGUGUUGGAUUCUCAUUUUGUGGAAGCAGCAAUAGAAGAAGACCGCAUAAAAACGUCAACGUUGUUGAAGGCGGUCGGUCUUGAGGCAUAUGGUUUGUUAAGGGAACUGUGUUUCCCUGAUUUACCUGCCAAGAAGAAGUAUAAUGAAUUAUGUGGCAUGUUAAAUCAAUAUUAUUCACCCCCAGUGAUCAUUUUUCGAGAGCGUAGAAAUUUUUUUGACGCCAAAAAGAAGAGUGAUGAAUCAGUAGCAGUGUGGUAUGCACGUCUUAAAAAAUUGGCAAUGGAGUGUAAAUUCGAAUAA